AUGCCAGGCCCCAUUGAAGACUACGAGGACGAGCUUGGCAACCUGUUGGUUGCGGAUUACGAUGAAGGCCAAGACUGGGAAGCCGCCGAUAAUCUCGCUAAGAUCGAGAACCGCGAGAUCCUGCGAGUCUUAGAGAACCCGGCUGUCGCCAACCCGUCGGAUGACGCGCCUGUGCUGCGAGAGUUUCGUGGGGACGCGCAAACCGUCUUCCUGCCGCCAGAUUUUCAGCCGGUCACAAACAUCUCCGUCGACCUCCCGCCAAGCACUCAUUUCGCCGCGGGCCAGGAGCUCCCUGCUCCAGUUGAUCGGGAGUUCAGGGUCGUCCAGAAGUUGCUAGAGGAGCAUCGGCGAACAAGUGAAGGAGGGGAUGACCUCAUUGACUUUGAACUCGACCAAUUCACCGUAUAUACCGAGCCGUACAUGGGUGGGCUCACCGAAGCCUACGAGAAGAUGCGAUAUCCAGCAGAGAUGCGACCACUCCAACACCUCUCAAUCAAACCUGGCUGUACAGUUAUGUACGUUGACGGCGUCUUGUCAAUUGGCGAUGCUCGGUACUUUGUGCGCCAAGUCCCCUUCGAAGAGCUACCCAUCGGAAAUUAUGGCCUGUCUGAGAGCACCAUUGGUCGGGAGAUAUGGAUUCGGUCAAAGAUGAAUACCAAGGCUGCUGAUCGAGGCAAGGAGGACGUUUACUACCGUCUGAAAAACCCUUCGCCAGAGUACAGAAGAUUUCAUAUGGGUUUCAUGUGGGUAGCGAACCUUGGAAAGCAUGUUGCCGACUACCUCUGUGCUGCGGUAGAUGCUGGACAUCGCGUGUUGUUCAGAGAGUUCCGAUCUGAUUUCAGUGCAUGGCUUUCAAAGCAUCACGACGCCUCUGAGGCAUUCACUCACUGGCGACAACAGCUACUAGGGAACGACUUCUGCACAGCAAUUGUGGCUAACCUGGACUUUAUCUACAAGGAGGUAUAUGGCCUUCUCGGUUGGCAUAAGACCAAAUCCAUCUACAUGUGGAAAGAGAUUCGCGACUACACCGCCUACCCAGACACUUCGAAGAAGACACCAUCAACCCCAACCAGCGGCGCGUCCUCCCCAGCACCAGGUAAAGCAGCCCAAAUCGACAAGACCAUCGUUACACCUUACACAUAUCAGCUCUUCAAUCAUCUGCCCUGCGGCAUGAUGAUGGAGGCCAUGGCCCCAAGCCCCCGAGCCGAGAAGUUGCGAACCGAUCUCAUAAGUGCUUACAAGUUAGAGCCAUCACCAAGCCCCCACGCAGCUGCACACCAAGUACACAAGAAAGUUACCAGAGAAGUCUGUGUUGGCGAUGUUAUUUCUACGACAAGGGAUGACGAUGGCUCUCACUGGGCUAGAGAGGUUGCUGCUGGCUUUGAUGAUGUCGACCGGUGGUUUGGAUUGGUCCAGAAAGUCCACAAGUUGAGGGAUGAAAAGCGGUGCUUCGAUGUCAUUUGGCUGUACAGACCCGUGGAUACCCUAUGUGGUCCCAUGAAGUAUCCUUGGAAUAAUGAGCUGUUCCUCUCAGACCACUGCUCGUGUGGGGAUGGAUAUCCUAAGAUCAAAGAGAGCGAGGUUCUCUCUAUCCAUCAUGUUCACUGGGGAGGCGCUGCAGACACGGAUGCUGAGUUUUUUUGCCGGCAAACAUACCUCACUAAGCCGACGAUACGCCGAUGGAUUACGUUUCAGCAGAGCCACCUACGUUGUAACCACCAGAUUGAGGCUUUCGCCCAUAAAGUCGGCGAUAGUCUUCUCAUCAGUCCUGAGAAUCCUGACGACCUAGCUGAGCCUUACGAGCUAGUCUCAGGUCCUGACGAGGAGAACAUGGUCGUACUUCGACGUCUAUUUCGCAGAAGCCAACUGGAACCCAACACGAAUACACCCCGGAACGAGCUUGUCUACAGCAACGAGACGACUUCGAUCGAUGCCGAUCGCAUCCACGGCAGGUGUCUUGUGCGUUUCUUCAGACGCGACGAGCCGUUAUUGCCUCCCUACGGUCGAAACGGCGUCGGCAAUGCCUUCUUUGUUACUCACCAUGUCGACUCAUCAGGGCAGAUCGUUCGCAUGGACGAUGCCCCUCCUACGCUAAGGCAGGGGUUCGAUCCCUCAAGGCAGGUCCCCAAGCUUCGAGGAGUCGAUCUGUUUUGCGGAGGCGGUAAUUUUGGACGCGGCCUCGAGGAAGGGGGGGCUAUCGAUAUGCAAUGA